AUGGCCAUCAGGCAGCUCUCCCCAAUUACACGACAGCUGCCACCCAGGGAGGGCCCCAAACCGGAAAUGAUCCCCAAAGAACUGAUCGACAGGUACCGGAGAGGAAAGACUCAUCCUGUGUCUUUCCUCUACCAGCUUUCGCAGGUGCUACAGUUCCAGGUAGAGAUGAAGGAGACAGUAACUACAGGAGGAGUGAUUGGUUUCUACUUUGCAUUCUGUGCUGUGAUUGACGGAGUGCAGUAUAAAACUGGCAUGGGUAUCAGUAAGAAAGAGGCCAGGGUCAGAGCAGCUCAGUUGGCCGUGGAGGAGCUACUGUCUAAUCUGGAGAAUGAUGCUGUACAGCCUGAUGCUUUGGGUCCUCCUCCUCUACCAGUGAAAGAGCAAAACUCCCCGGCCUCAGACGCCCGUCCUGGAAGGGCCAUGUUUGAAAUGAAAAAUCCUGUUCAAGACCAGGUUCCCAGUGCUGUUAAGGAGACGUUCUCCAGGCUGAUGGACAGUUCUCCUGAAUUUUCGGGCUGUGGUGGAACAGUAGCUGCGUUUGUUAUUCAGUCUCCAACUGGGUGUGAAGUGGUUGCUCUUGGUACAGGCAACUAUAACACAAAUGAGAGUCUGGCACCUAAUGGACGCGUCGUUCAUGAUUCUCAUGCUGUUGUGACUGCACGGAGAUCACUCAUGAGGUAUCUGUACAGGCACCUGUUACUGUUCUACAGUAGGAAUCGCUCUCUGCAGGAGAAGUCAGUUUUUGAGUUGGAUGAGAACACCAAACUCUUAAGUCUGAAGAGCCACCUAACCCUUCACUUGUACCUCAAUCAGCUGCCCAAAGGAGCUGCCCAGAUACCCUCUCACCUUCGUCUAAGCCCUCUGUCCAUCUCAGCAUGGGAAGUAAAUAAUCAGAUUGGUCUACAUGUGACUGUAGAUGGGAAGGUCUUUUCUGUGUUCUCUUCUACACUUGACCAGAGCGGUUCUCGUAUCAUCAGUAUGUCGGCUACUGACAAAAUCACACAAUGGCAGACUUUGGGUUUCCAGGGCGCACUACUGAGCCACUUCAUCGAGCCCAUCUAUGUCAAUAGCAUACUCAUAGGUAAUGAAGGCUGCAGUGAUGCACGUGGUAUGGAGGUUGCAGUAAAUCAGAGAGUAGAUGGCAUCACCUCCAAGUUGCCCAUGUAUUACUGUUUGUAUCGGCCACAUAUUAGCCUGGUGCCCUCUGUGAUCCCCAUAGACGCCCACAGCACCCAAAGAACUCUCAGCCUCAACUGGAGCCAAGGAGAUGUUUCCAUCGAGAUUGUAGAUAGCGUGGCAGGAAGAUCUGUGGAGGAGUCUCCCUUUAAAAGUGGUCCUGCUCUUGCUAGUCGUCUGUGUAAAGGUGCCAUGUUGAGUCGUUUCAACUUUGUAGCGAAAGAGGCACAUAGAGAGGAUUUGCUAGCUGCUGUUUCCUACAGGGAAGCCAAGAUGAUGGCGAAACCGUACCAGGAGGCAAAGAGCGUUCUGAAGUCGUACUUGGCCAUGAAGGGCUACGGACAGUGGGUUGAGAAACCACCUAUCAGCGAUCACUUAACAAUGUGAGACCCAAUCUACAGAUGACCGUCCUAGCUCUGAGGCACCUUCGGAAGAAAGGUUUAAACACUCAGCGACAGUUUGCAUUUAGCAUCAAAAAGGAAAUAAGUGUUGUAUCUUUAUACUCUUCACAUUUUCAGUUAAAAAAAGAAAAAGAAAAAAAAAAAACUGGUGGAAUUUAAAAACAGUUGCAUGUGAGAGACACAUGAUUUGUUGUGUUUAGACAUAAGGUUCUUGUUUUUUUUCUAUUUUUUUUCUCUCAUAUUUUUACUUGGUGCUUUGAAAAGUGAUGAGUGGGGCUGGGCUAUAUGAAAAUGUAACAUCAGUGCUGUAGUAUAUCAACAUCAUGAGGUACUUUAACACUUUCCUGAUUAUUUUCAUGUGUAAGUGCUUUAAUACCCCCAUUAUUUGAUUACAUUCAGUUAUUGAUUAGUUUUGGACUAGUUGAUUUAUUUUCCUCCUUUUUCCUGGUUAAAUUCUUCAAUUAUGUGUUGAAAUAAAAUAAAAAUAAAAAAACACGCACACAAAAAACUCCACCUGAAUGAAAAUGUUUUUCAUAAUAUGGCUCUACAUUGUGUAAUGUGCCCUGUGAUAUUUUCACUUACCAAUUGGCCUUUCUUUACCUUUAUAAUUAAGUUUUUGGUCACUGAAGAAAAAUGUUAGCUUGUAUGCUGCAUCCUGUAACAGGAAGUUUACAUUUCCACGAUAUUUCACAAAAAGUGAAACUCUAUA